GGCGAUAGUUGCGAUUUAGCGUCCAAGAGCGAGAGAGGGAGGAGCGAAGAAAAGAAGGGCCGAUGGCGGUAGCUGCGACAUCCGCGAUUGCGUCUCCACUGAGGUCCUCCUUGCUGCCUGGAAGCAAGCUCAAGCAACAGCUGGGGACACCAGCGUCUCAUCUUAGCACCUACCAUGCGGGAGUUCGCAGGCAGCUGGUGGUAGUGUCAGCUGCUGGCGCCGCCAAGAAGUCGUGGAUACCUGCUGUCAGAGGUGGGGGGAACUUCAUCGACCCAGAAUGGCUCGAUGGCUCACUUCCAGGUGACUACGGCUUUGACCCACUCGGGCUGGGAAAGGACCCCGCAUUCCUCAAAUGGUACAGAGAGGCGGAGCUGAUACACGGCCGAUGGGCGAUGGCUGCAGUAGUGGGCAUAUUCGUUGGCCAGGCGUGGAGUGGCGUCCCCUGGUUUGAAGCCGGCGCCGACCCCGGUGCCAUUGCUCCCUUCUCCUUCGGCUCCCUCUUGGGGACUCAGCUGCUGCUCAUGGGUUGGGUUGAGAGCAAGAGGUGGGUAGACUUCUUCAACCCGGAUUCUCAGUCUGUGGAUUGGGCGACUCCUUGGUCGAGGACUGCGGAGAACUUCGCCAACGCCACCGGAGAACAGGGAUACCCUGGGGGCAAGUUUUUCGACCCCCUCGGUUUCGCCGGCACGAUCCAGAAUGGUCAGUACAUACCAGACGUCGAGAAGCUCGAGAGACUCAAGCUGGCGGAGAUCAAGCACGCCCGUAUUGCCAUGCUAGCCAUGCUCAUCUUCUACUUCGAGGCUGGCCAAGGCAAGACACCACUUGGAGCUCUCGGCCUAUGAGGAUCCCAAGUCCUGAGGCCAUCUCAUCCCUUGUCCACUGCGGAAGCCCGGCCCACCUAGCUACCUUCUGAUCCUUCCUUUCAUCUAUCCAUGUACCAAACAGACAUUCAUUUCAAUUGUGUAGAUGUACGUUUUCUCCCUUUA